CGAGAUGGGAAGAUGUGUGCAAUGGCUUCAUUCGUCGAUUCACACCGUGUGUCUCCUAUGAAGUUCGUCCUCCUUGUCGCAGCCGCCGCAUUCACCGCUGCUCAAGUAACCACAACAGCUAAGCCCGCCACUGCAUCCACCACGGCUGUUCCGUCUGGGGUAUGCAAGCUCCAAUUUACGAGCGUUUGCGACACGGACAAGGAAUGCGGCGAUUUGAACGGGUUCAACAUGACGUGCAUCAAGUCUGGCGCCAAUAAGCUCUGCGGUUGUUUGGGCGGUGCUGAAAAGUGCCAAAUUUCCUCCACUUCGCCAGACAUUGCGUACCAGUUCGAUCAAUGCACGGACCAACGCCGCUGCGUUCAAGGCAAUGGGUUCACGGCCCUCACUGCUGAGGACACGAAGAAGGUGUGCCAAGAACCCUUGUUUUGUGUGCGUGAACAAAACCCCGACCCUGUCGCUGUCCUCAAGAGUCAUUGCCACACAUGCGGCAGUUGCAAAACCCAGAACGUGAGGAACAAGGAGGACGGUGUGUCGAUGCGAUUUGACUGUGCGAAGAUCUGCCCCACCCCUGCACCUACCACUGCCGCCCCCACGGUCGAACCCAGUGACCUUCCCACCACCAAGGCAAGCAAGUCUACCACGACUGCCGCUCCAGGGUCUCCUGGUGCCAGCACCCCCGUGCCGACGACGUCGGCCGCGUCCUCGUGUGUUGCGGCCUCUCUCACGUUGGCUGUGAUUGCCGCUGCCCAAGUCGCGUUGUAAGUAGACACGUUUGCGUGUUUAUCAAUAUAUGAUACAAGUAUUCUCGAAAAUCUCGAGUGAAAGCGGUUUCUUUGUGAAUGAAUGCAAAUCUCCUUACUUCGUGCCA